AUGGCGCUCUGGUCCACCGCGAAGACGCAGUCAAAGCAAGGUUUCGACAAGGUCUACACGUGGGUUGACAAGCUCGGUGCCCCCGUCAAUCGACUGUCCAACAAGGUCGGCUCUGAAGCCUUCUGGCCUACGACGCUAGACAUCGAGUCGGACAAGGCUGCGAGGAUCCUCAAAAGCUUCUGCAAGGAUGGUUUCUACCAGGAAGAAGACCGACCCAUCACCACCGACGUCCCCAAGGGAAAACAACGAGUCCUCAAGAAGAUACCCUCCAAGGUCAUCCAGAAUGCCAAAGGCCUAUGCAUAUUCACGACCAUGCGUUCCGGUCUUUGGGUCUCCGGAUCUGGCGGAGCCGGCAUAUUGGUCGCACGCAAGGCCGAUGGAACAUGGUCACCCCCGUCAGGCAUCAUGAUGCACACCGUGGGUGUAGGCUUUCUCGUAGGGGUAGACAUUUACGACUGCGUGAUUGUCAUCAACUCCGACAAGGCCAUGGAGGCUUUCCAGUCCAUCCGCUGCACAUUGGGAGGUGAAAUCAGUGCAGUCGCAGGCCCAGCCGGCGUUGGCGGCAUACUGGAUUCGGAGAUCCACAAGCGACAGUCACCACUUUUCACGUAUAUCAAAUCGCGAGGAUUCUAUGCUGGCCUCCAAUUAGACGGAACUAUCAUCAUCGAGCGAGCAGACGAGAACGAACGGUUUUAUGGCGAACGCAUAGGAGUCAAAGACAUUUUGGCUGGCAAAGUGAGGCACCCGCCUUACGAGAUAAGGAGACUCAUGGAAACUCUCAAAUCGGCUCAAGGCGAUACGGACGUGGACGAGACUUUGAUACCAGACGAGGCGCCACCUGCCGACUUCGAGAUUACAGGUCCGGAAGAUAAGACAUUUGGUAUUCCAGACGCUGUUGACCCCGACCCGUAUGGCGUACUGGCACUACAAGAAGCUGGUCUAGAGAUCAGGGAAGCUGGCACACACAGCCGUCCGGCAAGUGAACAAUUCGAGUUCAAGCCGAGCCCCACAAGCCCCAUCUACAACACUUUCAGAAACUCUACAUUCCGGAGAAGCAUGGACCGCUCGAGCUAUGCUGGCAGUCGGCCAACGAGUUGGCGCACAAGCACCAUCAGCGGCGUAUUGGAACCCCGGACGCCAACAGUUGACAUGAGCACCCAGACCGACGAUCUACCGCCACCACCUCCGACCAUCAGGAAGUCACCCCCCACGCUGCCGCCAAGAACAAGCGUCGCACGCACACCUACUCCUCCCAUAGUGGAAGUACCCGAAACCAGGGUCGAGCAAGCUACUCCGCCACGCGCAAGGAGUGUAGACAGACAGGCCGAAGAAGCAACACCUACCGCUGCAGGAACAAAGACAGACAAAGCUGCCGGCCCAAAGUCCGACGGCUCUCCUCGGAACUCCAUAGCCACUGAAGAGGCUCAUGAUUCCGAGUCAAGUUCCGAUUCGGAAUCAGAUGAAGAGGAGGAAGAUGAGUUUGAGGAAGAGCCAAUCGUCCACGAGGUCCACCAGGCCGCUGCCCCACAAGCCAUUCGCGCACGCGUCGUCCAAGUUGCCAAGCCAAUGCCUCCUGCUCUACCGGUCAGAAAUCCAUUCCGCAACCGCGUCUCAACGAACUCAGACGGGUCCCUGAACUCUCCAACCGUACCGAAGCAUAGCCCGGAAUCAACCCCCUCGCUUAUGCGCGGUGAUUCAACUUCUUCUCUGUCUUCCGUAGAAGACAACAGACUCGAGCAGAUUGGCAACAGGCUCAAACCCAAGUACUCUCACGAGCCGUCACCCGAUGACGAAAAGAAGGAGGACAAGGACGACGCCUUCCACUCGCUUCCAGAGUCCCCAAUGAAGAGCAUCCCAGGAGGGUUCAACUGA